UCCAAAAGGGUUCAAAAAAGAUAGAAGCAUACCACCUUUCCAAGCCACUAGCAGGUUCCAAAAGCUAGCAAGCUAGCUAGGGUUAUAUAAUUCAUUAGCAUAUAAAGAAGAAGAAGGAGAAGAGGAAUAUAUAUAUAUAUAUAUAAGAAGAAGGAGAAGAAGAAUAUAUAUAUAUAUAUAUAUGCACAAUUAAGAGGUCUGUUUGGCUGGCCUGGAAAAGCAUGGAAACUGACGUGCCAGACCGGCGGAUUGGCAGGAAAGUUAGCCUGUCGCCGAGGAAUAAGUGUCCUGCUCCGUUUUUGUCGAAGACCUUUGAUCUUCUGGAGGAAGAAGAAGAGAGAGCAGGAAAGGAAGAUGAUGAUGGUAAUGGCAGCGACCGGAGGAUCGUGUCCUGGAACGCCGAGGGAACCGGCUUUGUUGUGUGGUCGCCGGAGGACUUUUCCGAGCUCCUGUUGCCUAGGUUUUUCAAGCACAAUAACUUCUCAAGCUUCAUUCGCCAACUCAACACUUAUGGAUUCAAGAAGAUAGCUUCGAAGAGAUGGGAAUUCCAGCACGAGAAGUUCCAGAAGGAGGGCAGGCACCUGCUGGUGGAGAUCACCAGGAAGAAGAGCGAGCCCAGCGUAUUCCCUCCCUACCUUAAAGCCUCCGAAGAGAAUAUUAAUAGUGCUGUAGCAGCGGAGGAGGCUGAGGCGGAGGAGCAGAACCGGCGGCUGCUGCUGAUCAUGGAAGAGAACGAGAACCUGAGGAAGGAGAGAAUGGCGCUGGAAAUGCAGAUUACCCAUUUCAAGGCUCUGGAAAUGAAGCUGUUGGAAUGCCUCUCCGAGUACGUGAGUAAUCCACAGCCCAAAGCAAGGAGGCUUUGUUGAUUUAUAAAUAUAUAUAUAUAUAUAUAAACAAGAAAAUGCUCAAUGCUGUAUUAAUGGCGUUUCUGUUCUUUUCUCUUUCUCUAUGUAUGUAGCUGGCUAGCUGCUUGAUCAGCCCCAAGUUUCAGAUGUUGCAGCCAGUAAUAAUUGAUUAAGUUCAAAUCAAAUUAACUGAACAAACAUAUAUUUAUAUA